AUGGAAAACUUCAGUGAAGUGUGCACCAGCGCUUUUUUCUCCACAAUCAUGGAAGAGAAUACGGAACUAUUCAAUAGCGAAUUAAAUCAGGAGUUGUCUAAAGUUUGUGAAGAAAUGGAGAGGGGUCAACUGUUCGAUUCGUCAUACGAUGAUGAGUUGUAUCAUCACUGUGCGAUGGUUGAAACACAGUUUAAUCAACCACUACAACUUGGAAGAGGAACGAAGCGAACGUGCAGCAAAGAAUCCAAGAUCAUCAAAAAACCAACAACGGAAGCAGAAGCGCAUACCUCUGCAGGGAACAGUAUCAGUAACGAUGAUCAAGUGGAAUGUCCAACGUGCCAUAUAUUUAUCAAGAAACGGUAUUUAGCUAGUCAUUUUAAAAGUAAUGUUCAUAAAAAUAAUCUUUUAAAUUCACAUAAUUCUUUAUCAAACGUUAGUGUUAUUGAAUCUGCUUUUGGAAAUAGGAUUUUAACUUAUAAAAUCAAGAGUAGAGUAGAUCGUUCGACAUGGGUAAAUUUUGAAACUCCUGAACUAUUUUUAAAUUCUAUUAAAGAUGAUAUCUUAUUUUUAUUACAAGAGUGUAUUCAUCAACACAUAAUUUUUAAGGUAAACUUCAUAUUGCAUGCUGAUUUUGUUCAACAAACUAAAGAUAUUCAUGAUACGUUCGAUUUUCAAACGCUUAACUAUAUUAUUUGUCAAGGAGAUGACUUAAAUAUUUUUCUUUCAUCUUUAAAUGAUACAAUUACUACUAAAAUUAGUGCUUUCGAAAAAAAAGAUAGUGGAUGGAGUCUAAAAAACAUAAAAUCUAUAGACAUGAAUGCUAAUAAAUUUAACCCCCUACGCGGUACUUCAUACAUAGAUCUUCCUCGUGACAUAAAAUUAAAAAAGGCUGUUAUAAAUGUAAAAAACAAGGAUUAUUUUUGUUUUAAAUGGGCGUUACUCUCGGCGUUAUAUCCCGUAAACAAACACACCGAUCGGGUAUCAUCGUACGUUAAACAUGCAAAUAAACUUAAAUUUGAUGGUAUUUCCUUUCCGGUUAAAAUUUCUGACAUAGCAAAAGUAGAGAAAUUAAAUGAUAUUAGUAUUAAUGUUUUUGGGUUAGAAUAUAAUAAAGAAAAACGAUGUAAUUCUAUAGUAGGUCCAUUAUUUUUAACAAAGUGUCGUAAAGAUAGACAUAUCAAUUUAUUAUUUUUUUCCAAGGAUACAAAAAAUCAUUAUUGCUAUAUAAAAAAUUUAUCGCGGUUAGUUAGUAAACAAAUUUCAAAAGACGGUCACAUCAUGUACAUUUGUGAAGCAUGUCUACUUCGUUUUCCAUCUCAGGAAAGGUUAAAUAACCAUGAACAAUACGAUUGUGCCCACAUUUGUACAGUAUUACCAAACAGUGAAACUUUAAAAAAAAAGAAUUGGUUUGGUCAACCUAUUUCAAAUGAUAAAAUUAAAUUUGAUAGUUAUGAAAAAAAGUUAAAGAUACCAUUCGUAGUUUAUGCUGAUUUUGAAGCAUUUUUAAAACCAAUAGAAUCAUGUUCUAACGAUCCUUCCAAACCUUUCACUCGUAAUAUUCAGAAACAUGAAGUACAUAGUUUUGGAUAUUAUAUAAAAUGUUCAUAUGAUGAUAAAUUAUCAAAAUAUGUAACAUAUUGCGGACCCAACUGUGCACAAGUGUUUAUGGAAAGUUUAUCUAACAAUCUAAAAGAAAUAAAUAGACUUCAAAAAUAUCCGCCACUUCCGCUAACAAAUGAAGACAAAAACCAAAUUUCAAAUGAAACCAUUUGUCAUAUUUGUGAAAAUGAGUUGGCAAAACAUUUUUAUGAUUUUGAUUGGUACACUGGUAGUUUUAUAGGUGUUGCUCAUGAAUCAUGUUGUUCGAAGUUCAGAACACUUCGUUAUAUACCAAUAUUUUUACACAACCUUAGUCACUAUGAUGCUCAUUUUAUUGUUCACGCGUUAAACUUUUGUGAUGGUGAAGUCGAAGUUAUCCCUCAAAAUAAAGAAAAAUAUAUAUCCUUUUCCAAAAAAUUAAAAGUGAAUAACCACGAAAUUAUAUUGAGAUUCUUAGAUUCAUUUAAGUUUUUAUCGUGUAAAUUAGAAGAAUUGGCCAAAAAUCUCAGUAAUGAUCAAUUUCAAGAAUUACGUAGAAAUUACCCUAAUGAUGAAGAUUUCUUUCGUUUAAAACGGAAAGGUGUUUAUCCAUAUGAACUUAUGACUAAUUAUGAUAGUUUAAGCCUAACAUCGCUCCCUGAACAAAAAUGUUUUUAUAGUUCACUCACAGAUUCACAUAUUUCAAAUGAUGAUUACAAUCAUGCUAAAGAUGUUUGGGAACAUUUUGGGUGUUGUAAUAUGCUAGAUUAUUCAAACCUGUAUUUAAAAACAGACGUUUUACUUUUAUCCGAUGUAUUUGAAAACUUUAGAAAGUUAUGUAUUAAUACAUAUGAUUUAGACCCUGUCCAUUAUUACACAGCACCCGGUUUAAGUUGGGAUGCAAUGUUAAAAUAUACAAAAAUAGAAUUAGAACUUUUAACAGAUUAUGAGAAAAUUGCAUUUAUUAGAUCAGGUAUCAGAGGUGGUGUAUCUCAAUGUAGUAAUCGUUAUGCUAGAGCUAAUAACAAAUACAUGGAGAAUUAUGAUACAGGGAAACCAAAUUCAUAUAUCACAUAUUUUGAUGCCAACAAUUUAUAUGGUUGGGCUAUGUCUCAAUAUCUUCCUACUGGUGGAUUCGAAUGGGUAAAUCCAAAUACAGAAUUUAAUGUGUCUAAGACAUCAGACUUCGGUUUUAUUUUAGAAGUUGAUUUGGAAUAUCCAGAUGAACUUCAUGAUUUACAUUCGGACUUUCCUUUAUGUCCAGAAAACAUUUGUGUAGGCAAUAUUAAUGAGAAUAAACUAGUCCCAAAUUUAAAUAAUAAAGAUAAAUAUGUAAUUCAUUACAGAAAUUUAAAACAGUGCAUAGAAAUGGGGGUUAAAUUAACUAAAAUUCAUAGAGUUUUAAAAUUUAAACAGUCUCCCUGGUUGAAGAUGUACAUAGAUUUAAACACAAAAUUAAGAACUUUAGCAAAAGCAGAUUUCGAAAAAGGUUUUUAUAAAUUAAUGAAUAAUUCAGUCUUCGAUACGGAUAGUUUAAUAUAUCAUAUAUUUACAAAUGAUUUUUACACUGAUAUAAAACCUGACCUUUCAUCAUACUUUGAUACCUCAGAUUAUGAUACAAAUAAUAUUUUUGAAUAUCCAAAAUUAAAUAAAAAGAAAUUAGGUUUUUUUAAAGAUGAAAAUAAUGGUAAAAUCAUGAAAGAAUUUGUGGGUUUACGAUCCAAAAUGUACGCUUUUAACUUAGAGAAUAAGACUAUAGCCAAGGCAAAAGGGGUAAAUAAAUGUAUCACUAAAAAGAUGACAAUGAAUAGUUAUAAGUCUUCUCUAUUUAAUAAAAAAGUGCAAUAUUAUAGUAUGCUUAGAUUUAAAUCAAUUAAACACACAAUUUUCACACAAAAAUUAAAUAAGAUAGGUUUAUCAUAUAAUGACACAAAGAGACAUAUUUUAGAUAAUAAUAUUGAAACAUUAGCUUGGGGUCAUUAUAAACUGCGUUAA